AUGCUGCCUGAAAUCUUGGUUGGUAGCUACCGACAGUAUAAAGAAGACACAACAACCUUCACCACAUGGCUUGCCCAGCAGGCAAAGGCUUGUGGCUAUACGGAACCUUCGCCAAGCCAUGGAGCUGAAAACAAGGCUCCGGCUCGAGCCCCUCCUGAAAACCCGAAGCCGUCUGUUUCUACGGCGCCCAGGCUAAAAGGUAAAGCUAGAAAGCUUGCGAAGGAGGAGGUGAAAUGUGAGGAUAUUCCUGAAAUACCGGACCCUGCUCCAAGCGUAAAGUAUAAACUGUCAACUCAGGAGAUCCUCUUGCAGGUCAAUGCUGUGGCAACAUGGACCAAAAAGCGGAUUCGAAUGCCCUUAAGUGUCCAGAGGGUUCUCAUGCGGGCGAUUAACGCGCGGAAACGUUGCGUAGUCUGGUUUCAGAAAAAGGGGAUAGACGACGCUUCCUCUCAAGGCCAUUCAUUUUUUAUUGAGGUUCUUGAAGCUGCCUAUGCGACUUUAAAGGGUCCGGAAGAACGUCCCCGGAAGCAAGCUCGACCUACCAAGACAGUGUCAGACAAAAACGCUACUGAGCUAGGGAAUCGCUUCGCAGCUCUUAAUGUCGAAUGUAUAAGUGACUCUUUGAACAGCAAUAUAUCAGAUGCAUCAGAGUCUAGCAAAGAUUCGAAGAAGAAAAAGAAGAAGACAAAUCCGAAGUCUAAAAAGAUAGACUCGGUUAUCUAUGAACCUGAGAUUGACAUGGUUUGGGAAGCCCGUUUUACACUCUUCUGCUUUUUCGAGGACCUUCAUAACAUUCAAAAGGAGAUAGCUAAAGUAUGGACAAAAUUCAAUGCCAAUGAGGUAGAUUUGGUUUCCGCUGCUGUGAUAACACUAUCAGGAAUUGAGCUUGUCCGCCGCGCCGAGAAAGAAAUGUACCAUACCUAUCCCGAGGUAUUCCCACGCAGGUCCUAUAUGGAUAUUAUUCAUUUUCUUUGUUGCUUUACUCCGACGCUUGAGGUCAAAGGAUCAACGCCUAAUCCAACUGUGCUCGAGGUGAAUGCAUUUGAUGAGUUUGUCUAUCUUCCGACUGCCCACAUACUCUUUAAAUUCUUGGCUGUCAAUGAUAUUGAUCUCUCAAUGGGCCCCUGGCCUCCUGCUAUUGUUCCUCUGGCACGGCGUUUCGUCGAUCCAAUACAGCCGGAGGAAAAUAACGAAUGGGAACGAAAAACAGCAGAUGAAGACUUGUUUCUCUCUCAGUUGCUACUGGAUAUGAUUCUCCAAGACAAAAUGGCUGGCGUGGCUCGCUCCAUGGAGAUUAAUGAUCGGUUCAAGUAUUCAACUUUUGUCCAUGAUGAUUUGAAGAGUUCCCUGCACGAUAAGCUGACCGCUAGCACAUGCGAUAUUUGGAGAAAUGGAACUCUAUCUGUAUACCAUGUUUUCUUGGCUAGAACAAUCCUAGACAUUCGUCAGGUAUGCGAUAAGUCUUUUCAAGGUGCCGGAUUCCUAGCCAGGGAGGGGUGGUAUGCCGCCGCCACCUUCCAGUUCUCGCUGAGCGAUCACCACACACUGAAUACAGGAGAUGUCGACUGGCCAGCCAAAGAUUCUCCACUUCUCAAACAAAUUUUCCAGCUGAUUGGGCUGAAAUUCCUUCGUCAAGUUGAUGGAUUCAUGAAAAGGGAGAAGAUACGUUCUUACCAGGCUAAGAACAUCACUAGGCGCGCUACCAAAGAGGAUAUGGAGGCUGUGGCGAGGAGACACUCAGAGGCCCAUGGUAGGGAUUUUGAGGAAGUUUUACAAGGGCUCCAGACUUGUAAUCACCUGCAGCUUAUUGAACCGAAUCAGGACUGCAAUUUUAUGGCAGACAAAAACCCCCUAUACACAGGCCUUUGUAUGCUGAACCUUGCAGUGCACGUUGGGGAAGCAGGCAUUGAACUAGCAAAUGAGUAUCAGUCUAUCUUCGCAGUUGCCCACAUUUUCAAUGCUUGGAAACACAUUGGUCAUGCUGAGGCUCUUGGAAUUGAAUGGCCUGAGAUGGAAAAACUGCUUGAAGCGCAGCUGGGACCUCUAUUUGCUGGGGAGUACCCCACAACCCCGGAAACCAUGUACUCACGGUAUCUCUUCCGGUCGGGCUGCACAAGUGCUGGAAGUACAACGUUCAAAAAGAAAAAACCGUGGAGGUUUCAAAUCCAGACAGCGAAAGCCCUUCGUCAGUUACUCGGGAAUGAAGAGCUAGUGGAGGAAGGUCUAGCAAGCUUGCAGGAGCAAUUUGAAAGCCGGGAGAAAAGGUUACCGGGCAAUAAGACAGCGUCUAAAAAGGGAAAGGCUCCUCGCUCGCUUACGCCGCUUCAAUUCAUGCGACAGCUGGAAAAGCAUAUUCCCGCACUAAUCAAGCAAAUGCAAAUCGACUACGUUGGCCUCACACGACUCUGUAAUGACUUGAUGCAGCGUGUGCGUAUGGCGCUGGAAUCGCGCUUGGAUAUCACAUUCGCCCGCUAUGACCAUGAGGACGAGAAUGUGUAUCUCGCAGUGGCUAAUUUUAUUCUGGAGAACAACGCUUCUGCGCUCAAGGAAUUUUACAAGGUUGCUAGGUCUGGAGAGCAAUUCGGCGGAGGUUCUGGAAUCCUAGUUGCGCUCGACAUUUUCGAAACGUUCCACAAGGACUUUCAGGAUAAAGAUGGGGAAGCGAGAAGACAUGUAGACCGUCAAAUGUGA